AUCUUCUUGCGCCGACAAUCGCUGGUGAGGUCAGACCCUUGGUUCCAAGCCAUCCCACUCCACUGGCCCGCCACGGUUAAAUAUCCAAUUCCCUCUCUCGACCCGCGCCUACCUCGACUACUUUCUCUCUCUCCCAUCUCCCACCUCUGAUCCGAGCGUCACCCAAACCUGCACCACCAUCCUCCCACAGCCCCACCAGCUUCGCCCGUAAAUACUCCGCCGGAACCCUCGAAACUCCCGAGCCCGCAGCUUAUUACCUGCUGCAUCCUCCCGUCCGCAACACCCACUACCACCACACAUUUCACCGCAAAAAUGUUCCGCGCCUCCCGCCGUCUCCUCCAGCACAAGCCCAUGAUUCGCUUCCUCGGCAGGCGAAGCACUCCCACUGGCAUCGAUCACACGCCGCACGCCCACCCUGCCUCCCCCACCAACAGCCUCCCCGACUCCUUCGCCAGCUACCGCCAGAAGGCCCAGCAGCAUGGCCCGCUGACCAAGCGUCACUACUCGGGCGGAAACAUCGGCGGCCAGCCCGGCGCCGCGCUCGGACCCAUUGAGCCCGCCAAGGGCGAGUUCUUUGACCGCAGCGAGCUGCCCGACCGCUUCGCGCGUCUGCCCUGGAGCGAGUCGGAGAUUGAGGCUAUCGAGUCCGGCGGCGCCAGCCUCGUCGCUUGAUUGCCUGCGCCGCCGCCGCGGGGAGAGGAUGCAGAUAUCGAAUCUUGAGCAAGGAACGACUCACUGAUGCCAAACGGUCACGAAUUCGCUGAGCGGUCACGGAUACGAGCGGAAACGCCGUGUCCCGAUGAUCUGGAGUCUGGCACUGUUCUCAUGUGGAAUUGAGACGAAAAGCUAUUGCUAUUAUGGCGAGGAGGGAAAGGAUCAAAAGGGCCGCAAUGGGCUGAAGCCACCUUAUACCCGACCGACUUGGCAUCAACGAAUAGGGCUGUUGGGGUGCAUACGAGAUUGCUUUAGGGAGUUAAGAGCAGUAUCAUCCAAAAAUCAAAUAAAGCUGAUACCCAA